UCGUCCCCAACCCUCCUCCCCAACCAACGCCGCCGCCGCCACCGCCACGACCAAGCCCUCCACCGCCGAGCCCCUCCGCCCAUGACGGUGACUUCCGCCACCGACUCCCUCCGCGCACGACGGCGACUUCCACCACCGACUCCCUCCGCCGCAGGUUGCUACCAUACUCGUCCUCGCCAAGGUCAACGCCGAGCGCCACCGGUUCGCCGCACCUACUGCCGCUCCUCUGCUCCUUGGUCCCCGCACGAGCUCACGCGCAGCAAGCACGCGCCACUCCCCCAUGGCGUCGUCGCCGCGGCCUAUCCCCAGCGCCGCCCCUGCUGCUGGCCCUCAUCGGCCGAGCGCCUCACAGCUGGUCCGCCGGCCGACCUCCGUCCGCCUCUGCGCCCAUGGACGGCCUCCAUCCCCCGACUCUGGUCAUCGACGCCUCGCCUAGCCUGCGCCAUGGCCCUUGGCCGCUGCACCGCCACCGCGUCGGAGAUUCGUCGUCCUUUCCCUAGGUCGCUCCAGGAGCUCGAGGCCCAGCAUUGCCCCAGAUCGGCCAGCUCCCAAGCCUCCUCCACCGCCUGCUGCUGCUUUGCUCCUCCGGCGGCUGCAGCAAGAGCCAUUCCUGCUGUUGGCGCUCUCCACUGACUACGAGUCCGAAAAAUCAAUCCCAAGGUGAGGCUAGAACUAAUGGGAAUAAUAGCUAAAAAUGCAACAAACAUAUCUGGAAAUGAAGCAGGGAAGAUAUAAGAGAAGUUGUUGAAGUAGAGAAGCGGCAUACCGUGAAGGGCACGAGCUGUUGCGCGAGGAGUUCACAGAGCCACUGCAUGGUUUUUCUUCUGAGACAUGAAGAAUUAAUCAAGGGAACAUGACACUGAUGCAGGUGGUGGAGUUGAUUGCCAACAGUGAACCACAUGUUCCAUUCUUGGACACCAAGCUCACAAUGUUAUUUCGGGACAAGAUUGCCCAACAUGGAUACAAAGACAUGCAAGCUUCGGAAGGCAAAUUCUUCAAACUAGAGCAUUGUUGGGACUUGCUCCAAAAGUGCGAGAAGUGGAAGUUGAUCGGCAAAGAAUCCCCACCGAAGAGAGGCUCACUUACAAACAUGGAUGAAGAUGAGGAUGAUGAUGGCCCAAGAAAUUUGAACAAGCCCGAUGGCGACAAGAAGACUAAGGAGAAGAUGAAGAGAGAGCAAGAAGCAUCGAGCUUGAGGGAGAAGAUUGAUGCCAUGGUGCAAUCAAACGAGUUGAUGUUGUUGAAGUCGUUGGAGAUUAAGAAAGAGUUGGCCGAGAAGAAGGCAAAGGAGAAGCAAGAAAAGUGGCAAUUGCUCAAGAAAGAGGGGCUGCGCAAAGCUACCAUUGAGGAGAGAAGAGCACGCGCCAUUGAAAACAAAGCCAUGUCCAAGUUGCUCGCCGAAGAGAACAAGAUCAUGUCAAUGAACCGCAAUGACAUGAACGAUCUCACCAAAACAUGGCAGCUAUGGCAAGGAGAGAAAUCUUGAAGAGGAGAAUGGUUGCGUCGGUCGGUGCGUGUUACAGUUCCAGAGAUGUUUUCUCUGCUCCAUAUGGUGGCAAUGUCGAUGAUUUUGGUGCGGGAGUUAGAACAAGCGCCGGAGAUGGAUUUGGUGGUGGUGAUGAACUUCAAGAUGGACUCGAUGACGCGGAGUGAAGAUCGACCAAGAUGAUGCCGGACAUGGGUGUCACUUUGGCAAGGCCCUCUUUUGUGUUUGUCCUACUGAACUUGGCUUUUAUUUGCGCGUAAAAUUGUGUUAUGUUGUUUGAAUUUGAACUUAUUUGUGAGAACCUAUGUCAAAUGCGAGAAUUGAAUGUUUUUUGUUU